AUGCGCGUUGCAAUCAACCGCAACCAACCACCAACUGAACCCAACCAACAGAAAAGGCAGCGUCAUCUGUGGUGUGGCAGCCCUUCAGAAUCAGUGCGCAGAGAAGCUUUUGAGAAGAGUCGUGAACGGGACAGCUCUCUAUUUCUGCUCACCGUCCUCUGUGCUCGUUCUAAGUACAGAAUCCAAGUCACGCUGUCCGGCCCAAGAGGCCCGGCAGCCAACCUGGAGGAGAGACCUGGAGAAAGCUGGAAACAUGCUGCCCUUAUGCACUGCGAAGCCACAGAUUCAGCUCCUGGGAAGCCUGCCGUCAGCACACUUGAGGGAGAUGGGGGUCCCCAAAUCUGCCGUGUAUGCGGGGACAAGGCUACUGGCUACCACUUCAAUGUCAUGACAUGUGAAGGAUGCAAGGGCUUUUUCAGGAGAGCCAUGAAACGCAACACCCGGCUGAGGUGCCCCUUUCGGAAGGGCGCCUGCGAGAUCACCCAGAAGACCCGGAGACAAUGCCAGGCCUGCCGCCUCCGCAAGUGCUUGGAGAGCGGCAUGAAGAAGGAGAUGAUCAUGUCGGACGCGGCUGUGGAGCAGAGGCGGGCCUUGAUCAGGAGGAAGAAGAGAGAACGGAUGGGCACUCAUCCCCUGGAAGCCAAGAGUCUGACUGAGGAACAGCAGACAAUGAUCAGAGAGCUGAUGGAUGCUCAGACGAAAACCUUUGACACCACCUUCUCCCACUUCAAGGAUUUCCGGCUGCCAGAAGUGCUCAGCAGCGGUCCUGGGAUUCCGGAAUCUCUGCAGACUCCAUCCGGGGAAGACGCUGCCAAGUGGAGCCAGAUCAGGGAGGAUCUGUGCUCACUGAAGGUCUCUCUGCGGCUGCGGGGGAAAGAUGGCAGCGUCUGGAACUACAGACCCCAAGCUGACAGCAGUGGGAAAGAGAUCUUUUCCCUGCUGCCCCACAUGGCUGACAUGUCAACCUACAUGUUCAAGGGCAUCAUUAACUUUGCCAAAGUCAUCUCCCACUUCAGGGACCUGCCCAUCGAAGACCAGAUCUCCCUGCUGAAGGGGGCCACCUUUGAGCUGUGCCAACUGAGAUUCAACACAGUGUUCAACGCAGAGACUGGAACCUGGGAGUGUGGCCGGCUGUCCUACUGUUUGGAGGACACUGCAGGUGGCUUCCAGCAGCUUCUCCUGGAGCCCGUGCUGAAAUUCCACUACAUGCUGAAGAAGCUGCAGCUGCAUAAGGAGGAGUAUGUGCUGAUGCAGGCCAUCUCUCUUUUCUCCCCAGACCGCCCUGGUGUGGUACAACGCAGCGUGGUGGACCAGCUGCAGGAGAGAUUCGCCAUCGCCCUGAAGGCCUACAUUGAGUGCAAUCGGCCCCAGCCUGCCCACCGGUUCCUGUUCCUGAAGAUCAUGGCCAUGCUCACCGAGCUCCGCAGCAUCAACGCCCAGCACACCCAGCGUCUGCUUCGCAUCCAGGACAUACACCCCUUUGCUACCCCCCUCAUGCGGGAGUUGUUCAGCAUCACGGAUGGCUGA